GCGAAAUCCUAGCGACAAACCUUGACAACUCUGGAUUUCCGGUGUUUUCUGCAUUGCCGUGCUCCCGAACUUCCUGAGGACCACUUACGGUAACGAAUGUAUUAGGCAUCCGAGCACCUUCAAUGAAAUAAGCUCAAUAUUUGGGCUAUUCGAAUGGUUCAUAGAACGUCAAAUCAUUUCCUUGGCAUCAAAUUCUGCUCACGCAAGUUUGAGUACUAUCUCGAACCGCAACGACGAGUUUUUCCUCCACUCCAAUGAGACUAAAGCCGUGCUGCUUUUGAACACUUCACUUCAUACUUUCGAGACACUGAUUUUGCGGGUUUUGAAUUCACCGUUUUAAACCACGAGACUUAGUAACCUGAAAUGGACGGAAUCGAGGACGACGCCGCCGCGGCAUGGUGGGUUUGGGCUUUGCUCUGGAUUUGUGCACUAGCAUCAUUCUGGUCCCAAGCCACUGUAACUGAAGAGAGGUAAGAUCCAUUGAAAAUGGGUCGUUUCUGCGCAUAUGUGUCUGUUCUCCCUUGAUUUCUUAUCUCGUGGCAUAUCCUUCUGUUCUUCAGGCUUGUACCUGCCUUGAAUGUGAUAUCAAGUCACUAUAAAAUUCCACCAGAUAUCGCAGGUGCUACUUUAAUGGCUGCAGGCGCAUCUUCUCCCGAGCUAUUUUCUUCUAUCGUCGCCCUUUUUGUGACCCACUCUGCUCUGGGCUUGGGCACUGUUGUUGGAUCCGAAAUCUUUAAUCAACUGAUCAUUUGUGCAGGGGCAGUUUUUGCAUCGAAAUCUGGAAAGUUGAUUCUUGACAAAACCAUUCUGGCUCGGGAAGUCGGCUUCUACGCACUCGGAAUCAUCCUUCUGUACUUAGCUCUUCGGGACACCAAACCAUUGGGGGAUGAUCCGGACGGUCCAAAUUAUAUUUUCAUUUCCUUUUCUGAGGCCACAAUGGUAUUCAGUGGAUACAUUCUCUACGUGGUCGUUUGUUCCAACUUCAAUGCCAUAGUUGGCCACUUGACAAAAGCGAAGAAAAAGGUCCGCUUAACACUAGCCUCUUUAAGUACAAAAAAGUUUUAUGGUACAGCUGUUUCUACGAAGGUAAGGAUUAGUGUACUGCAAGAAUAUAUUUUCAUAUAACUUGUUGCUGUAUGAUGCUAUUCGAACGGAUCUGAACUUAAAUCUUUUCGCUUAGAAUCUUCAUCCGGGAAAAAUGGAUUUUCUCAUUGAAGAAAAAAACCUCUCCAAAGAACCUGUAGAAAAUUGGGAAUCUAUUGAAUAUUAUAUGCCUGCAAUUGCCUCCUCGGCGGACGAUGGUGCAUCAAUCAGGUCAGAUGAAAAUUUACUUGAUAGUUCAAGAAGGGCCUCUCUCGCCAAUUCAGUUCGAUCUUCCAUAUUUUCCAUGAACAAUACAGUCCUUCGAAAACUCGUGCGGGCAUCUGAGCGACCAACCGAAAUCUUUAGCCUCCACGACGUCCAGAUCAACGAUUUCAAAAACGAGAUUUCAUGUUUCCUGUAAGUACUGUAUCGACUUGCUUUGCCAUCCCCCUUCGUUUGUAUGGCACGAUAAAUGUCAUUCGCUAGUUCACUCAUUUUAUUGCAGAUUUCAAAGAUCCAUCUUCUACAACAAGGCGUAUUUCGGGCAAAAUGCAUGGCAAUUGAGAUGGUUCACUAUCUCCCCUUUGAAAGUUUCGUCUGUCCCCGACAGCUGUGAUCCAAACCACCAUAGGCUGAAGUAUCCUCAUUUCACAGCCAUCGAAAUCGACGAAAAGCAUCUUAUUAUUAAUAUGAUCAACCCAGUGGAAGGCAAGCGAAACUUUCUUCUCAUGGCUCCAUCGAAACCAAUUUUUGACAAAAUUAUCGAAAAAAUGGAGGUAAGUAAAAUGCACUGGAACAAUGCUUUCAAAAAUGCUAUUCGCACCCUCUUGGUUUCUAACGAACUUCGUCGUCGAAUUUUCUGCGGACAAAAGUUGUUCAUGCAACGUAAUAGUACCACAAACGCUGAAGACUUGAUUAAAGACAACUCGAGUGACGAAAUCGAGGACGAUGAAUUCGAAGGAGCUUCUGGUCACGAGAGUUUGAUCGAACUCAGCGUGGAUAGCACGAAUCUCGAGACAGUCUUCUUUUUCCUAUUGUUUCCUCUCCGCUUGCUCAUACAAGUAACCAUCCCCGAUGUUCGUAUGCUCGAUGAAGAGGGAGAGGUAGCAGCAACAGUCGGAAGAGCCUACCUGUCAACGUUCUCGUGUCUCGUGUGGUUGAUCUUCGGGAGUUACACCAUGGUCGCUUCACUUGAGGCACUCGGUGAGCUGAUGAACAUCCCCGAUGCCGUGAUGGGAUUUACAGUUUCUGCUGCAGGUGAGUGAAAAAAAUACUGUGUUUUUCCAAAAUUCUGUUUUUCCUCAAAAUUAGUAUCAAUCUCAUCGUCACUUACUCACUCGUUUUUGCGCUGCGGUUCGCUAUUUUCAAGGCACAUCGCUUCCCAAUUAUGUUGCAUCAAAGGUAGCAGCUGAAAACGGGUUCGGGAACCAAGCAGUAUCGAAUGCCUUCGGCUCGAAUACGUUCAACAUAAUGGUCGGCCUUGGCCUCCCCUGGAUGCUCUACAUAAGUCUCGGGCUCGGUUUUGAGCCCUACCACGGCCUCAAAGACGACCAUAUUCUCGAUUCUAUCUUGAUCCUCUUUGGUUUUCUGGCGGUUUUUGUCGCGUUCAUGCUGGUCUCUGGUUUUGUCAUGUACAAAUGGCACGGAAUGAUGUUCAUCAUGGGUUACGGGGGAUACAUCGUGUAUGCCAUCGGUGCAGGAUUGUCUGGUUGAAUCGUGCAGAACGCCUUCCGGAUCGAAGGACGAGGAUACAGAUAUUGGAAGAAGAAAGUUUGCAUCUAAUUCGCACCUAGGACAGCAAUUUGCAUCGGCCCGCAAGCUUUUGGUAAAAUCCAGAGCAGGAGAGCGAGAUGUGUAUUGCUUCUCGGCCAACCCGAACGAUGCCGAUUCUAGUACGACCGCUGUUGCAUUUUCCAACUCCCGAAAACCAUAACUG